CGUUUUAUGUUUUUUCUGAGAUGGUCAAUUUUCUCGUCAUCUCUGAAUUUUCCCUUUUCCUCUUCUUCACUCCACCGCCUUCAUCUUCCUGAUCUAAUUCAAUCUCCUUCCUAGCUCAAAGAUUCAAAUUUGAAGUCAAUUUACACGAGCAGAUCUCUGCACUCUAACUCCUGGAUCUUCUUCAUUUCUGGGUUUCAAUUUAGAGUUUUUAUUUAAUGGGUUGGAGAUACAAAGCUGGUCUCUUCUUGAUUGGCACUGUUGUUAUCAUAUGGGUCACCUCUGCUGAAGUCACUCAGGAUAUCUUUACAGCCUAUAAGCAGCCAUUUGCAGUCACAUAUCUUGGAGCUUCUCUUAUGAUUGUUUACCUUCCCGUUGCAUUCCUCAAAGACUGGCUUUGUCGAUAUUUAGAUCGACGCUCUUCCAAAUCCAGUAAAGUUCCCGCUUUGACUGAUGAGUCUUCUGUUGGUUCUCCGUUGAGGCACAAAAUCAUUGAAAUGGGACUUCAAGGGACUAUAACUAAGAAAGAUAGUGAGGAACACCUUUCCUCACAUGAAGAAGAUGAGAGACCCUUGAUCGGUAAAGUUAGAGAAGAAGUGCAGACUCUGAAACAUCGGAAAGAGAUCACGACUAAGCAGAUUGCAAUGUACGGGCUUUACCUCGCACCAAUUUGGUUUGUAACAGAGUAUCUGUCCAAUGCUGCUCUUGCUCGUACAAGUGUGGCAAGCACCACUGUAUUGUCUUCAACCUCGGGACUGUUUACUCUUUUCAUUGGUGUAUUUUUGGGCCAAGAUACUUUAAACUUGUCAAAAGUAGUUGCUGUAUUUGUCAGCAUGGCUGGGGUGGUCAUGACGACGCUCGGGAAAACUUGGGCUGCUGAUGAGUCGCAAUUAAAUUCUUCACUCAACGGGGAACGGUCCCUUAUGGGAGAUCUUUUUGGGCUUCUCUCUGCGGUCUCUUAUGGACUAUUUACAGUGCUUCUUAAGAAGUUUGCCGGUGAAGAAGGAGAAGGGGUUGAUGUGCAAAAGUUGUUUGGAUACAUAGGAUUGUUCACACUUGUUGCUCUCUGGUGGCUUGUGUGGCCGUUGACAGCAUUAGGCAUCGAACCCAAGUUUACCAUACCACACUCUGUGAAAGUUGAUGAAGUUGUCUUGGCCAACGGUUUCGUUGGAAGUGUCCUCUCUGACUAUUUUUGGGCACUUUCUGUGGUGUGGACAACUCCGUUAGUAGCAACACUGGGCAUGUCUCUCACAAUUCCGCUUGCGAUGGUUGCUGACAUGAUGAUCCAUGGUCGUCAUUAUUCAGCCAUUUACAUUCUUGGCUCUACUCAGGUGUUUGCUGGAUUCGUAAUAGCUAACAUAUCGGAUUUGUUCUCAAAGAAGCUUGGUUUGUAGCACAUAUGAUUCAUUUUUGUUUGUUUGUUUGUGGUAUUUCUGGGUAGAAAAUGUGUCCUAGAAGAUGAUUCUUGGUUUGAACUGAAAGCUAAAAGGGAUUUUCCCUGUUUAAUGGAUGAAAGAAAGAUAAGAAUGUGAU